AUGACGUACCACCCCAUGGAUCCGGCUCAUCAGUUGCUGCACGUCUGGCUGAUCUCUGGUGAAAAGGUAAUCUCGCUACCUGAAGAAGAGUUGACAGAUGUGCUGUCAUUGAAACGGCAUCUGCAGACGCUUUGUGGGAUGCCGCGAUUUAGGCAGCGUCUUCUGCAUGAGGGAACGCCUCUUGCUGAUGAUGUGAAGCUGGGCUCGUUUAUCAAAGACAUUCAGCUGCUGCUGCUACCUUUUGCACACAUGUCCCACGAGCAAACGACUGAGCUCCAACAAUCUUUGAACGAUGGCCGGAUGAAAUUUGUGGAGGACAUGCUGCUACUGCCUGCAGACCCAAAUUCUACAUUGAAUCGUCCCUAUUCCCAGCUCUGCUUCGCUGCUGCCCACGGCCAUGAGGAGAUGGUACGCCUGCUCGUGGAGGCUCGCAGUGCUCUGUAUCCCGACGCUCUAUGUGAGGCCUGUAGAAACGGUGACGUGCAGAUUGUGUCCUUUCUGCUGGGAGCUGGCGCUGAAACAGACUCAGUUAGUGACCAGGGAACGCCGCUUACGUGGGCAGCUGCAGGUGACAGUGACCGCCACGUGCAGAUUGUGGAGAUGUUGCUAGGGGCCCGAGCUGACUUGAAUAAGACCGACGCAGACUUGUACACUCCACUGGCAUCCGCAGUGGAAUUUGGCUGUGCCGAGUUGGUGCAUGUUCUGCUAGCUGCCCGCGCAGACACUGGCACACUUUGCUCCGAAAGUCAACAGACGCCUCUCUGCUUGGCUGCAGAAGAAGGAUGGGUGCCGAAGGUGCGUUUGCUCUUGGAGGCCGGUGCCGACAUCGAGCGAAUCAGCGCCGGGCAAACGCCUUUGACAACGGCAGUGGCGGCCGGGGAAGCGGAAGUCGUGCAAAUUUUGAUCGAUUUUGGUGCCAGCCUGGACAAGGUCGACGAUCGCAUGUACACACCUCUAACUCAAGCACUCUGGUGCAGCAACACAGACCUGGUGCACCUGCUGCUUCUCGGGCGGGCGGAUGCAGACAUGCCGUGCCCUUACACGGGCAAAACACCUCUUUGUAUGGCCGCUGGCACGGGGCGUGCGGAGAUGGUCACACUUCUGCUUGUGGCUCGUGCAGACAAAGACAAAAGCAGUGCUCAAGGUACGCCUUUGACUCUGGCAGCCAGCGCAGGUCGCCUUGAGAUCGUGCGUUUGUUGAUCAUAGCUGGUGUAGAGCUCGAGAAAGUUGACUCUUGGAAGUACACGCCCCUGGCUCGGGCUCUUGAGGGAAACCACACGGAAGUAGUGCGCUUGUUGUCGAUGGCAGAAGCCCAUCGCUUCUAG